AUGGGGUGUGGAGGAUCAAAGACUGAAUCGGGAAAGGAUGCAGUGGGUCAAAAGUUACCCCCUGUUCUGCGUCGUCGGUAUGAGGAGAUAAGAGGACGACGACAUGCAGCUGGGCUAGGUACGCUAUCCAAAAAAGAGUUGCUUAAGGAAGGUAUCAAUGAGGAGCAUGAACGAAGUCCAUCGCAGUUUCGGACUAUUGGUGAUGAUAAUGAUAUAAACCAUAGACAGAGCACGUGUUCCCCAGAAGAAAUUGCUGCUAUUUUAAGAGCUGCGAAGGUGACACCAGAGCCAGCAGAAGAAGCGGCAGAGCCCGACAGCUCUGGAGAAGCAGUUACUGAUAAUAAGAAAGAGGAAAAGCCGUUGGUGGAAGAAACUGAGCAAGGAGAAAGUGAAGGAGAAGGUGAAGAAGAAGAAGAUGAUGAUGAUGAUUCUUCUGGGGGCAGCAAUGUUCGAGAUGACUGUUUACGUCAUAGCUCGCCAAGCUUUAGAGUUUAUUGUGUUGACUCAUUGGAUAACUGCAAGGACGAGGAUGACAGUAAGGAGGAUGAUGACAAAAGCCAAAGCCAAAGCCAAAAUUCGCGGGAUGAUAUCGACAGCGGUGAGAUCGUUGCCAAUGGGGCGUCGAGGAUAAAGACAAAAGAGAAAGGAAAGAAAGGAAGGAGAUUUAGGAUGAAUAUGUGUAAGGGAAGAAAUCCAGCUGCUAUAAAGAGCCUAAUGAACGUUACAUCAUGCUACCCCCCAUCUAGCUCUCGCCAUGACAAAGCUCGUCUUCUUGUUCCAAAACCAGAACCUAAUUCAUAAGUUCUGCAGAUAGGAACAUCCAUGAAGAGAUCAGCUUUUUCACUCAUUUUGUUU